AUGAAGCAGCGAAUGAAUGUGGCCCUGAAAAGGUGGUACUCCUCAGAAAGGACGAAGAACGCGAAACCACUAAUCCUAAUUUCGAACAACCAAAAUAUACAUUUUAAUUUAUCCCUAGAAAACUUCCUACUAAAUAAUUACAGCGACUUAUUGAAGUACUUAAAUGUGAACACAAUAGAAAAGUUCGACCACCCUGUUCUAUUCCUAUGGAGGAAUAAUAGAUCCAUUAUAAUAGGAAAAAACCAAAAUAUAUGGAGUGAAUGCAAUUUAGAAAAUAUAAAAGAAGAUAACGUCCUAGUGGCUCGUCGGUUUACAGGUGGAGGAGCAGUCUACCACGACCUGCAAAAUCUUUGUUUCACCUUUUUGAAUAAUACACUAAAUACGGAUAAUAAUUUCUCUAUCAUUUUAAAAACUUUGAAAAGGCACUUUGCCAUUGAUGCGCAAAAGCAGGGAAGAAAUGACAUAACUGUAAAUGAACGAAAGUGCUCAGGUUCUGCAUUUAAGAAAAUAAAAAAUGUGUUCCUUCAUCAUGGGACUAUAAUGGUGAACCUUCAGAAGGACGUUCUACAAAUGUACUUAACACCGGAUAAGAUAAAAUAUAUAAAGCAUGGAGUGUCUAGUGUGAAUGCGAGGACAAUCAACUUGAAGGAGAUAAAUCCGAAUAUCACUUGCCAGAAUUUAUGCCAUGCGCUGAUUCAAGAGUUUGAAGCGUUUUACAAGAAUGGGGUUUCCAACGAGAACGACAACGUGAUCCUAAACGAAAGGGAAAGCGAAGAGGAAAAAAGCGUAGACAAUUUAGUCGACAUUUCUUCCCCCAUUUCAAAGCACUUUAAUAUCCACUACAUAGACACAAAUGAAAGCAUCACGAAAAAUCCAGAAUUUUUAAAAUAUUUUAAUCUGCUAAAAGAUUGGGAUUGGUGCUAUGGGAAAACUCCAAAGUUUCAAAACCGACUAUGUAAACAAUUCAAUUUUGGAAAAUUAGAGGUUUUUUUUAACGUAUCUGAUGGGAUGAUAAAAGAUGGAAAUAUUUUUUCGGACUGUUUAGACGUCAACUUAGUGGAACAGUUAAAACUUAUUUUUAACAACGAUGUUAAGUAUUCCAAGGACAGCGUGGCUUCUUUUUUACGCGGUUUGCAAGUGGACAAUAAGGACACCCUGGCGGAAAUUUCCGAGUGGAUUUUACAGGAACUUUGA